CGUGCUGAGCUCAUUGAUAUCGGAAGGCGCAAAUGGCUUUGUCACACGAACACCACAAGUGAAUUGCUUAUCAAGUCAACAACGAUCCAUAGGAGACUGUAGAGAGGCCAACGAAGAUGGAAAUCUGUUGAUGCAGAAGGAUUUGAUGUGUGGAAGCAGUCGGUGUGUUGAUGAAAUGCUUUACAAAGGCAGCCCAAGCUUGGCUCUGUCUGUCAGCCGUGCCUCCGCCUCCCAGCCUUGUCCACCAGAAGUGGAUCAGUGGAUUUCACAUGACGAAACAUCGUGCGAUUCAACGCAUCAAAGUUGGAGAGGAAGUCGUCUGGGUGUUUGCAUUCAUAUUUGAUUUGUCUAUGUAUCUCAGAACACUAUACUCAACGGAAGCCAUCGUCUCCAUAUGCCCUCAUCACGGAGUCCGAAGACCGCUUUUCCCCAUACGCCAUACCAUGCAAAGACCCCAAAACCCCAGACUGCAAGGAAAAUGGAGCGUCGUUAUCUAGUAUGUUCGGGCCAAAUUUCGGAGGUACCAAUCAACCAGUUUACGA